GGAAGAGGGUGUUUUUUCUUUUUUGACCUUUUCCCUUUUUUCCUUUCAAAAUAGUCCUUUCCCAAUUUCAAUAGAGUCAAAAAAUGGAGAAGACGAAGAACAGUGAAAAAUCCGAAACCUAAAAAAUUCAAUCUAGCAUCUUUCAUUUACCUUGAUCUUCUUCUGCUUGUUCAAUUGGUAAUUUCAAUUUCACCCUAAUCCAAGAUUAUUGUUGAUUUGUAUAGUUAUUAUUUGAGGAAUGGUGAUUAAAGCGGCAGCGAAUCAAGAAAAUUGGGGGAAAAAUCAAGGGAUGUUUAUGAAUGGAGGAGGCUGUUCAUCUGUAUCCGGUGGUGGCGCCGCUCCUGCAACUGGUGGAGGUGGGAAAUCAAUGUCAACAAGUGGAAGCGUGGGUUCUUCUCCAUCCAGUAAAACCCUGAAUAGGUUACAUCAUCUUGAUAUUCAAGCUGCUGCUGCUGAUGAUGCGGGAUCUCCAGGCGCUGUUUCGGGGAAGAAGAAGAAAAGAGCACCGGCAGUAGGAGGAGGCUAUAAUAAGGCUGGUGGUGGUAGAGGACUGCGUCAAUUUAGCGUCAAAGUGUGCGAGAAAGUGGAGGCCAAAGGCAGAACUACUUACAAUGAGGUUGCGGAUGAGCUUGUAGCUGAAUUCUCAACAACAGGAACUGACAAUCCACAAAAUUUUGAAGAGAAAAAUAUACGACGGAGAGUGUAUGAUGCACUGAAUGUUCUUAUGGCAAUGGAUAUCAUUACUAAAGAUGAAAACAAAGAGAUAAUAUGGAGGGGACUGCCUCGCCCUGGUGCUGGUGAUGAGCUUAAGGCUGAGCGGCUUGGUCUGAGAAACAGAAUUGCGAGCAAGGCUGCACAUUUGCAAGAACUUGAGGAGCAGUUUGCAGGUCUUCAGAAUUUGAUACAGCGGAAUGAGCAAUUGUGUUGUUCAGGGAAUGCUGCUGCUGCAACUAAAGGGGGUGUGCCGUUGCCUUUUAUUCUGGUGCAGACGCGUCCACAUGCUACAGUUGAGGUGGAGAUUUCAGAGGAUAUGCAAUUGGUGCAUUUCGAUUUCAAUAAUACGCCUUUUGAGCUACAUGAUGAUAGCUUUGUUCUUAAAUCGAUGGGAUUAUGCGACAAUUCUCCGACAAAGAAUGAUAUUUGCACCCAAGAAUCUGCUUCCAACGGAGGUGAAGGUUCCAAUAUUGGCACAUCUAGAACGCCACAGGUAAACCGCCAAAUUCCCCCUGUUGCCAGGAAUGCUAAUAUAACCAUGCCUAGCAUGAACAGAUGUAAUUUCCAGUAAGCAAAUUUCAUCUUGGUAUUGGUGGUGCAUUUUGUAAAGUAAUUUGGCGAAAAAUGGUGAUGAAAUGCUAUUUGGCUACCUCUAAAUAGAUAGCUAUUAACCAGUUGAGGAAAUUUUUCAAUAUUUUGAAAUCUGUGAUGGAUCUUUUGUUUUAGCGGUUUGGUAAUUCGUUUUGUAUCUUAGAUCAUAAUCUUGUUUCCUCUCCCUUUUCCUAAAAAUAUCUUAUUCUAUAAGAGUCUGCUAGCAACAAUGUUCACCUUUCAUCCAGAGACUAGACUAAAACUGCGCUAAAACUGAAAAAAGAAAACAUAAAAACCCACCAGCAACAGAUGAUCAAGGAAGCGAAGGAGCAGAACCACCACAAACGACUUCUUACUUGUUGAUCGAUUGGCAGAGUCGCAUCCUCUGCUUACAGCCUAAUAGCGUCAGCUUGUUGAUCGACUGCAGCAUCCUCUCCAAUAUGUUUCUUACUUCUUGGUCGAAGGUAAGAGUGGCAUCCUCUACUUCCAGCCCAGAAC